CUGCACGAUGCUUUUAAGUACACGCAACCAAGUCUCAGUCCACCGACAGGUAGUCAGUUCAGCCACUUCCUCUGAUCAGAGCGAGGGGAAAAUUUGAGUGAGGCAACGACAAACAACCAGGAGAGAAAGAAAACCUUCUUGUAACAGACAGAAAGAGAUAGAGAGAGAAAGAAAGAGAGAGAAAUGGACAAGCUGAGGACUGGUGUGUUUAUGCUGUUUAUGCUCCUGGAGCCUGUUUCCUGUUCAAGCCGCCUUUUGUGCCAUGCUGACAUGGAAAGUCUUAUUACAUCUGAAUCUGCAAGCUAAAGCGACUGUAGAGGGUUUUUUCACUAACCCCAUCAUCUGUUAUGUCCUGGACGGGUUCCUGAUUGUUUACUGCAUCUGUGCCACUGCAUUGUUCGUCAAAGAAAAGUAUUCCCACAAAUCAUCUGUGGCUUUUGAAAUGCCUGAUAACCAGGAAGACAAUUGCGCCCUUUACCAAGAGCUUGAGAGGCCAAAGGAUGCUGAUCCCUAUCAGGUGCUUGAACCAUCAAAAAGAAAGAAAAAGGCUGGAAAGAAAAAGAAAUCUCAGUCAGCCCAACCUGUGGAGAACGGAUCUUUGGUCCCCAGUGUCCCAUCUCCACCUGCGUCUUCCCAGUGAUGUCCUGCAUGGUCACACCUGGGUCAAGAAACAGCAUUGUUCAUUGUGGCGGAGAAGAUUAGCUGAUUAACUGAUUUGUUAUGUUGCUGGGAUUUUAAUCAGCAUGUUAUUGUGAUAACUAAUUGAAUCUCCAAGUCAUGCAUCAAGCAAAAAUGCCAAAUAUUCUGUGGAUCCAGCUUCUCAGAUGUGAGGAUUUGUUGCUUUUCUCUGCUUUAUGCAACAGUAACUUCAGUACCUUUGGGUUCUGAACUGUCUGAGCUAUAUGCUAACAUGCUAAUGCUACCAGUGACAAUGCUGUUUGUUGCCUGUUAGCAUGCUAAUGCUUGCUAAUUAGCAUUAGCAUGCUAAUUGGGUAACAUUUUACUAGCACUUAUAAAGAUAUAUAAACAUUUAAUAAACAGCUUAUAACACAUUAGUUGUAAGCAGAUAUAAGGACAUUUGCAAGUGUUUAUUAAUGUAUUCCUCAACUGUGUUUUUUACUGUAUUUUCAUACAGUAAAACACACAGAUGUGAAUGUAUGUAAAAAAAUCUUACAGCAACAAAUCUGAUACUUCUUGGGACAGUUUAGUCUAGACCAAAGUGAUGCACUAACCAACCUACACUGCCUUCCACAGAGCCACCUGCUGUAAAUAAUCACACGUGUAUGUUUUACUGUGUGACUGAAUCCAAAUAAACGACAAUGCACAUGUCAAAACA